CUUAGUUUCAUCAGUGUGAAGCGAACUGUGUAACGUGGUUUUUCCAUCGCUGGUUUGAGGUAACGAUUAAAUAAAUACAUGGGUGAGUUGAAAAACAAAACAAGUCCAAACAAUAGGAAUUGUUUCGUUCUUAAGCCAUUGUUUUUCCUCGUGAUAAAUUGGGGCCUUCAGCCGAGGCUGAGCUUAAGCAAAAGAGAUCGUCUUUAGAGAUUUGCAUCGUAUGACCUUGGCUUGAAAUGUCAGUAGUUACCAAUUUCUUUGCUCGCGGCUCGAAAUGUAUAAUAUUCAAAAUACCGGGCAGGCCUGUGAAACAGCACAGGUUAUCAACUUUACAUUACAAGCAUUACGCUUUCCUUGUUCAUUAUUCCAGGUAGAUAUGUAAUAAUUUGCUUUUUUUUUUUUUUCACUUUUUCGUUACUGCUAUCCUGUCAGGCGUUUUUCAUUGUUGGAGCUUCACAUCAUAUCGUUGCCUAGCUAUACCGACCUGUCAUCUCUGCCGACAAAGUCCUAAUUAAUACUGAUGCAAUAUAAUCAUCUCCAAAUCACUAUUAUAUAUUACCCAGCACUAGUCACAUGUACGCAUUGUGAAGCUAUUUUUCUUUAUUGCUCUCCUGUCAGGUGUUUUUCGUGGACUAUGGCAACUCCGAGUGGACACGUGAGAGUCACGUGAAGCGCAUGCUCCCUCACUUCCUUCAUCUUCCAUUUCAAGCCCUCGAGUGUUUCCUGGGUAACGUGGAACCCGUGAGUGACGCGGGAGAAAACGGCAAGAUAACAGACUGGUCGGAGGAAGCUAUGACAACUUUCAAGGCACUCACUGAAGACAAGAUUCUAAUCGCCCAUAUUCUUUCCAAAGCGUGGAAUCAAACGAUUUAUGUCGACUUGUUUGACACCGAUGGUGAAGAAAUUCACAUCAAUAAAGUUAUGAUUGAGAAGGGAUUCGCCAAAGAAACCAACCACACCGUGGACAACCCCUGGAACAUCGAGGCUACUGUAAAAUUGGACCCUCAUAAGAUAGUUGGACUUCCGGGAUAAAACCCGAGAAUUGGUCUUUGUUGUUGCGUUGCGAUGUUUUGUCGGUGUAGGAAAGCGUUGAACAUCGCUAGGUCUGAAUUUUAUUGCGUGACGAAAGCGAGAGAGCAUCGAGUCACGUAACACCCUUUUAGGUUGGCGUGUGGUGCGUUGUGGGUAACAAACCCCAGAGAAGUGGUCGUUAUUACGUCCAAUGCACACGUUGUCAUAAAACAAAAAUGGCUGCGCCUUCUACUGAUGUCCCUUCGUGCGCCAGUGGAUAAAAAGGACGUUAAAUUUUGCCAGGACUUCUUUACACGGUAGCCAUGUUGAAUCUAUUCAAUCCCGAAGCCUGGAAACAACACAAUUUGGAAUCGUUUGAACAGUUUGUAUUUGAAGGGAAAGAAGCUCGAAACUUUUUCUUUACUGUCUUUGGCUUGGACUGAAGAUUACAAAAAUAACUAUCGACACUGUUAAGAGAAGCACCUUGCAUAUCUUACAAUAAGAUGAAGAUACAGCCCCCUGAAAAUCGCAUUUUUAACAUACAUUUUCCUAAACGCUGGGUAAUAGGUAUCCGUAAAAUGUUGCGUUGAAUCUGUGCACCAUUUUGACCUGUCAAUGAGAGAAAUCUCGCAAGCAGAUCAAUUUGAUCUGUUUGUUUGCCCGCUUCCCAGAUUUCGCUUAAUGGUCGAUCGAAUACGGAGAAACUUUUCUAUUCCUUGCACUCUGGUAAAAGUUCUUAUUAGUUUUACUGAUCAAUAUUUUGCGACUCGGCAAGAAGUAAUCCUGAC